AUGCCAGUCCUAAGCAGUAUGAGGCCCCCGACAAGGACUUCAUGAUCAUGGCGCUAGAUCUGCUCAGUGGCUUGGCUGAGGGCCCGAGAGGCCACGUGGAGCAGCUGAUCGCCAGCAGCAACAUCAUGCAACAGGUCCUACAGCUGCUCAAAGACUCACAGUCACCCAAUAUAGCCACUCGGCGAAUUGUGCAGGAUAAACUCAAGCAACUGAACCUGUUUCCUGACUUCAACAACUACUUGAUCUUUGUCCUGACCAGACUCAAGUCAGAAGAUGAGCCAAUUCUCUCUCUCAGUGGUCUCAUCCUCAAGAACAACGUGAAGGCACAUUACCAGAGCUUUCCACUGCCUGUGGCUGACUUCAUCAAACAAGAGUGUCUCAGCAACACUGGUGCCACCUCCUCACUCAUCAGAGUCACCAUAGGCAUUCCCAUCACCACCAGUGCUUCCAAGGAUGAGCUGCAGAUGUGGCCUGCGCUGCUGCCCCAGCUGUGCAACCUGCUCAACUUGGAGGAUUACAACACGUGUGAGGGAGCCUUUGGAGCCCUACAGAAGAUCUGUGAAGACUCAUCUGAGCUCCUGGAUAGUGAUGCCUUCAACAGACCCCUCAACAUCAUGAGCCCCAAGUUCCUGCAAUUCUUCAAGUGCUGCAGCCCCAACAUCCAGUCCCAUGCCAUCGCCUGCCUGAACCAGUUCAUCAUGGACCAGGCCCAAGCGCUGAUGGACAAUAGCCACACUUUCAUUGAGCACCUGUUUGCCCUAUCUGUGGACGAUGACCCUCAGGUGCAGGAGAACAUGUGCUGUGCCCUGGUGAUGCUGCUGGAAGUGCGAAUCAACAGGCCCAUCCCCCACAUGCACAGCAUUAUCCAGUACAUGCUGCUGAGGACCCAGGAUGAGAACAUGGUCCUUGAGACCUGUGAGUUUUGGCUGACGCUGGCCGAGCAGCCCAUCUGCAAGGACAUUCUGGCCUCCCACAUGGUCCAGUUGAUUCCCGUCCUGGUGAAGUCCUCGGAAAUAGACAUUAUCCUGCUCAAGGGGGAUGUGGAGGAUGAUGAGGCAGUCCCUGGCAGUGAGCAGGACAUUAAACCACGCUUUCACAAGUCACGCACGGUGACACUGCCCCAUGAGGCUGAGAGGCCCGACAGCUCUGAGGAUGCUGAGGAUGAUGAUGAUGAUGAUUGCUUUGUUGACUGGAAUCUGAGGAAGUGCUCAGUGGCUACACUGGACAUUUUGGCCAACGUCUUCCAGGAAGAACUACUGCCCCACCUCCUUCCCCUGCUCAAGGGCCUCCUCUUGCACUCGGGAUGGGUGGUCAAGGAGUCAGGCAUCCUGGUGCUGGGCGCCAUUGCUGAGGGCUGCAUGCAGGGUGUGGUGCCCUACCUUCCUGACAUGAUCCUGCAUCUCAUCCAGUGCCUGUCAGACAAGAAGGCCCUGGUUUGCUCCAUCGCCUGCUGGACACUGAGCCGCUAUGCUCACUGAGUGUUCAGCCAGCCGCCGGACAUGUGCCCCAAGCCUCUGAUGACAGAAUUGCUUAAACACAUUCUGGAUAGCAACAAGAGGGUGCAGGAGGCAGCCUUCAGUGCCUUUGCCACCUUGGAGGAAGAGGCCUGCAUGGAGCUGGUGCCUUACCUCAACUAUAUCCUGGACGCCCUUGUCUUUGCCUUUGUCAAGUACCAGCACAAGAACCUGCUCAUUCUCUAUGAUGCUGUCGGCACAUUGGCGGACUGUGUGGGCCACCACCUCAACCAGCCGGAAUAUAGCCAGAAGCUGAUACCUCCACUCAUCCAGAAGUGGAACAAACUCAAGGAUGAAGACAAGGACCUCUUCCCUCUGCUUGAGUGUCUGUCAUCUGUGGCCACUGCCCUGCAGAGCGGCUUCCUGCCCUACCGUGAGCCUGUCUACCAGUGCUGUGUCACCCUAGUGCAGAAGACACUGGCCCAGGCCAUGAUGUACACCCAGCACCCUAAGCAGUAUGAGGCCCCCGACAAGGACUUCAUGAUCAUGGCGCUAGAUCUGCUCAGUGGCUUGGCUGAGGGCCCGAGAGGCCACGUGGAGCAGCUGAUGGCCAGCAGCAACAUCAUGACAUUGCUCUUCAGUUCAUGCAGAACUCGAAGCCUGAGGUGCUCGAUGCAGAGCUCCUUUGCCCUCCUGGGAGACCUCACCAAAGCCUGCUUCAUCCAUGUCAGGCCCUGAAUUGCUGAAUUCAUGCCCAUCCUGGGCACCAACUUGAACCCCGGAUUCAUCUCUGUCUGCAACAAUGCCACCUGGGCCAUUGGCGAGAUCUGCAUGCAGAUGGGGGCAGAGAUGCAGCCCUAUGUGCAGAUGGUCCUCAGCAACCUGGUGGAGAUCAUUAACCGGCCCAACACACCCAAGACGCUGCUGGAAAAAGCCAUCACCAUCGGCCACCUGGGCUACGUGUGCCUACAGGAGGUGGCGCCCAUGCUGCAGCAGUUCAUCCGGCCUUGGUGCAUGUCCCUCAGGAGCAUCAGGGACAAUGAGGAGAAGGACUCAGCCUUCAGAGGCAUCUGCAUGAUGAUAGGCAUCAACCCCGGGGGCAUCGUGCAGGUUAUUUUCUUCUGCGAUGCUGUAGCCUCCUGGGUGAGCCCAAAGGAUGACCUUGGGGACGUGUUUUAUAAGGUUUUCCAUGGCUUCAAAGAUCAAGUUGGGGAGGAGAAUGGGCAGCAGUUCUUGGAGCAGUUCCCGCCGCUGGUCAAGGAGAGAUUGGCUGCCUUCUAUGGGGUCUAG